UCGGAAAAGCUGAGUAUGAACGCUUUUUAGGAUUGGGUGCCGUUAGACCCUGGUCCCCCCGCCCCCGUUGUAUGUAGCUUUCUCCAGUUGGUUGCCGUGCUGCCCGCUAGAAAUCCGCCACCAAAUAGUCCCCUUCGACUUUCGCACGCAACUGGGGGCGGGAAACGGGGUCAGGCCCGGAGUAGAGUCGUCCAACCCGCCUCACGGUUCGCCGUCACAUCGCGUGACAUUCGCUGGAGCACGGCGGCGCGGCGAGGCGGCCACGCGGAUUAGCUGCCAGAGGUAAGCGGGCAUUCGCCUCGGGCUGCCGCUCGUCCCGCCCCUCGCCCAUACAACGCCGCACUUCGCGUCUGACCUCUGCCCCUCGCCACGUCGCCACGUCGCCCGCCCUCCUCGCUCCGCAGGGUUAAUAGGGCUUCUUUUGCGCCAGACCCUGCCAUCCUCGCUGCUACCUUCCCUGCCCCCCAUAGCUCCCCCCUGCCAUCCUUUUGGCCGCCCGCCCUCUCCCAUCUUGCUACACCGCGCCACGCCCUAUCUCACCGCCUCUCCCUCUUCGCCCGCCCGCCCGUUGACCCCACCUUCUCCACGUCCGCAGCCUCACCACCCGGCCCCUCCAUUCCUGCACCUCCCCACUUCCCCUGCUCCCGCCCUUGCACCCGUUCAUGCCCCCGCCAUCCCUCCCGGAAUACCUCCACCUCGAGGCACGUGUCAUACCAGCGCUGCUGCGGUCGGUGGAGUGCUGAGCUGCUUGGAGGAAGGCGCUGGUCGUUCUGGUGAUGGCUGCAAGGGACGAGGGGGGAGCGGGUGGGGGCGGCGGUGAGGCGUGGCGGGCGGAGGUGGAGGAGCGGCUGCUGGGCGCCGUGUGCGCGAUGGGGUUCCGCCGCGACGACACGCUGCACAGGCUGCGCCUCUUCAUGCAGCUGAACGGCGCCCAUCUGUGGCAGCGGGCGCAGGCAGGCAGCUUGGACGAGGAGGCGGUUGAACAAGAGUUCAUGGAGUGGAUGCUCAACGGGGGCGAGGGGCAGGGCGAGGCCAUGGCGCCAGCGGACGCGCGGCUGCAGGAGGAGCUGGACCCCGCUGUGCAGCAGCAGCUGGUGGCGCUCGCUGAGAGGCGGCGGCGCAAGGGGGUGCGCAAGGCGAAGCGGCUGGAGAGGCAGGCGCAGAGGAUGAGGAGGGCGGGGGAGGGAGAGAGAGGAGGGGCGGAGAAGGGCGAGGCAGGGAAGAAGAGGAGGGUGGACGGGGAGGCGCAGGCAGAGGGAGGGCAGGCGAACGAAGGAGGGAACGCGGGGAUGGAGGGUGUGGACAGAACGAGCGGCGGGCAGAGAGGAGUGGGGCAGCAAUGCACCGAAGCGGACGGGGGGCGGGCAGAAGCAGGUGAGACUUUCUCGGGAUGGUUGGAAGCGAUGGGAGGAAGAGCCUGUGUACAGGUGGGGCUGAAGAGAGGGGUGGCGUUCACCCUCUGACUCUGAGUGACCCGCUGCCGCUUCCGCCUCAUUGCAAUGCCACCAUUCUCACCCCUUCCUUCUGCACCAUCCUUAAUCCGCAUGUUCCUUCCGUUCCCACCUCUCCACUCCUUCACUUCGACUACAGGUGCCGCCUCUCCUGCCCCUCUCAACCUUACGCCUUCCCUCCCCCCCUCUCAGCCUCCCCUUCCCUCCUCUCAGCCUCCUCUUCCCUCCUCUCAGCCUCCUCUUCCCCCCUCUCAGCCUACCCCCCUCUCCCCUCAAGUCCCCCCUCCCUUCCAUCAACUCCUUCCACCGUCCCCUCAGCCCCGCACUCCCUCCUCUCAGCCUCUCGAUCUCCACUCUCAGCCUCCCCCCUCCUCUUCUCAGCAUCCCCCUCCCCUCUCUCAGCCCGGCGCCCCACCCGCUCAUCCCCUGAGCCAAGCUCCCACAACCGAGUCCGUCCCCUCCACCCGCGUUGCUCCCUUUGCUGCUGCUGUGGAUGGAGCCGAGACGGGGGCAAGAGGUUUGGAAGGAGAGGCUCGGGGAGAAGGGGGGGACGGAGGAGGAGGAGAGGGAGGAGAGGGAGGAUAUGCAGGCAUGGGGUUGGGACACGAAGGUGAGAGGGAGAGUGAGAAGAAGAGGGACGUGGAGCGGAGGGGGAGAGAGAGGGAGAUGGCCCGACUGAGGAGGCGCAGUGUGGCAGGGUGCAGUGUGGCGGGUCGCAGUGUGGCGGGCCGCAGUGGGGGCCAGAGGGGUAGGGGGAGAGAUGAGGAGUGGACGGUUGGUGGAACAAAGGGUGACGGGUGGGGAGGAGGGGCAGGCACUGUCGCAGGGCAGAGGGAAGAGCCAGUACAGGGUUUGCAUGGGGAAGAGGGGCGGGGAGAAGGGUUGUGGCGUGACCGUCCGUGUGAGCGCUCCCAUCCGUGUGAGCGUCCCCAUCCGUGUGAGUGCCGCCAUCCGUGUGAGCCGCCAUCACGGUCGCACCCAGAACGAGAGCCAUCUGCCGUUCCUGGAAUGCGCUGUGGCGGCGCGAGUGGGGGGGUUUGGAGAGCAAGUGAA